GUGAAAAUCUCCGUUGAUUGAAUGUAAAUCGAAGAAGAGCGACCGGGACUGCAACCGUGACGAGCAAUCAUCUCUUCUUCUUCUCCGUCGAGAUCCACGGACAUGGCGGAGACGCUCUGGAUCCCGAAGUUUCUUCUCAUCGCUCUCGUCCUUAUCCCCUUCCGAGUUAACUCUCAGUGCGAGUUCAGAUUCAAUCGACGCAACAAGGUCUUUGAAUUCAAUUUAGCUUCUUCGGUUAAGAAUCACCCUCACGGUGCUCUCAGCGAAGAUGGGUUUUAUAGAGUGGAAGCGAACAGUACCGUCCUUUGGUUUCAGCUUUGUGACAUGCUUAUAUUCAAUCACGACCCUCCUCGAUGUGUUGGUUGCCAAGAUUGCGGCGGUCCAUCACACUGUGGAACAUCGUGUAGUGCACUCUUGUCGGAGAAUGUAAGAGGAUAUGAUGUAUGCACUUCUCUUGGGCAUGCCUCAAGCUCAAAAGUUGAUGUUAUUGAUAAAGAGGAUCCUGGCAAAGGCAUCAUUGUUAAGAUGUUAGCUGGAAGUAGUAACCCAAACUGCUCACUCUCAGUUUCUGUUAUCUGCCAGAAAAAUAAAGUUGAUGGACCACUCACUUUAACGAAAUCUGGUACCUGUGAUUAUGCUACUGAGUUGCGACAUCCUUCAGGUUGUGCAGUAGCUAUAUCAGGCCAUGGUAGUGGAUGGGGCUGGUUUAGUACCUUACUAAUCAUUAUCUUAUGUUUAUUUGGAGCUUAUCUGCUGGGAGGUUCAUUAUAUCGUUAUUUCUCCCUCGGAAUCCGUGGCAUAGAAGUAAUCCCAAAUUCUGAUUUCUGGGUCACUGUACCUCAUAGAAUACAGAGCUGCUUUGGUUCACUAUUCCAGAGAUUCAGGGGUUCAAGUCAUGGCCAACAAGCCUCCUAUUCGCGGGUCAACUAGCUGUCACUGAACACAAAUCUUCCAAGUUGUUGCAGUGAUCUCUUAAGAAACAGAAGAAUCUUGUUCAUUUGUUAACUGAAUCAAAUGAUCAAAUGAGUUUUUUUGUUUGUUUUGAUUUGCUAACUGUUCAAAUUGUAAAAUUUUCUUCCUAGGUCUCUGGGAUUUGGUAACUGAUCACCUUUCCAACGUUAUAGGUUGUAAACCGGUCCAAACCAAAACCAACUGAGGACAAUAAAUUAAAACCAUUCAAGAAACCUUUUUUU